AUGCCACCUGCAAACUCAGCUAAUGCAAACAGAUUCUGGGAACUUGACUCGGCCUAUGAAGUGCGAACCCGACGCUUCCUGAGCCCCGUGAAGACCCAUGAAUCGUCGAGUUUUUUGAAUGAGGUGCUGAGUGCCAACGGCGCAACGGAUACGCGCACACAGCCAAGAAAGGCGCAGGCGUCAAGUUACGAGGAACAUCAGUCAUCCCUCCCUCGUUUACCUAUUCCUUCUUUACAGCACACUUGCAACUUGUACCUGAAGUCGAUUCAGGCCAUCGCAACUUCGGAAGAAUACCUUCAUACCAGCAAGUUGACGGAAGAGUUCUUGAAACCCGGGGGCACCGGGGAGCUCCUGCACAGCCUCUUGGUAAAAUGGGAUAAUACAUGCGACCAGCCGAGUUGGUUGGAGGAAUUUUGGGAUGAUUCCUACCUCUGCACACGUGACCCUAUCCCAGUGAAUGUCAACUACUUCUUUCAACUUCAACCGCACCCCCAACAGCUGAAUAAGUCAUGCCGAGUCUCACAGGUGGGACGCGCCGCAAGUUUACUGCACGCAGCGACGCAGUACUAUCUCUCCAUUCUUGAUGGCACAAUAGCAAAGGAGUUUGAGCGAGAUGCACCGGUAUGCAUGAGCCAGUAUCGCUUUGCGUUUUCUACCUCUCGCGUUCCCGGCCUCCGUCGCGAUCGCAAGAUAUGCUACUCCACAAGACCCUUGACAAGUGAUGAGCAAAAGUCCAAGUUUGCCGAGUAUGUUGCCGCGGAUCCUACCCACUGUGUGGUCAUUAUCCGCAAUCGAUUCUUUAAGGUGGAGGUGCUAAAAGAUGGCGCACAGUGUUCGGUGGAAGAGCUUGUGUUGGCACUCAAGCAUAUUGUGGACUGUGCGACGUCGCGCAGAGAUCCUGGGGCCCCAGUUGGCCUCUUCACCACGCUGGACCGCACCGACUGGUUCCAUACGCGCGAGCGCCUGAAGGCGUUGGGCAACAGUGAGGUGUUGCAGGCGAUUCAGUCUGCGAUAUUCUGUCUCUGCCUUGAUGGGGUGGAGGUGACAUCGCCUGAUGAGGCUGCGAGGAUUUUCUUCCAUGGCCCGGGAACAAACCGCUGGUUUGAUCGUCACAAUAUUAUUGUGACUCGAGACGGAUCUGCCGGUAUCAAUUGGGAGCAUUCUGUAGGAGAUGGGGGCACGGCGCUCCACAUCGCGGACUUCAUGUUUCGUAGAGACUGCGAACGUUUCUUCUUGGACAAAGACGUGGAGGCCCUCCUGGAGCAGACGGGAAAGGUGCAGUUGCCCGUGGGAAUGGUGUCAGAGCUGCAAUGGUGUCUUGAUAAUGGGCUUGACAAACUCAUGAAGGCAGCCUUCACAGACUUUAAGGUUUUGAUUGAGAGUUAUGAAACGCAUGUGAUACACUUUCAAAAUUUUGGGGGCGCUCGCAUAAAACACAUGAGUUUGUCACCAGACGCCUUUGUUCAGGUGGCCCUGCAGCUUACCUUCUACCGUCUUUUUGGGCGAAACUGUGCCACGUACGAGGCGGCCAGCACACGUAGUUUCUCUCACGGACGGACGGAGUGCGUUCGAAGCACCUCACGUGCCGUAUGGGAUUUUUGUCGCGCGGCAUCUGACCCCAUCUUUUGCAAACGCGUAGGAUCGUACGUGCCGACACAGCAGCAACUUUUGCACACCGCAAUUGAGUCUCACACGGAGUUUAUGAAGCUGGCUAAGAAGGGCCUUGGUGUGGACCGACACCUCUACGGGCUUAGAGUCAUGGCAAGAAUGCAUGGUAUCCCUUUACCUGAGCUUUUCAAAGAUAGGUGUUUUCAUAGCAGUGCGACUUGGCUGAUGUCUACUUCACAUUGUGGAAGCAGUGCACUUAACAGCUUUGGCUUUGGCCCUGUGGUGAGCUCAGGGUACGGCAUUGGCUAUAUGAUAAAGUCAAAGGGUAUUGAUUUUGUCAUCACCUCCUGCCGCACGCACCCUUAUACCUCUGCCGCUGUGUUUGCCACCAUGUUGCAUUCAUCACUUAUGCACAUGGAUGCCAUUCUGCGAAGUGAGAUGGUGGGGGAUCGCUCUGGCAGCUGCAAUUUGGUCUUUUCACACCCAUGCGGUUUUAAUGACUUUGAGUUUACGCCACAGGAAGGGUUUAUUUAUCAACACUACGAAAAAGAAAGCCUGCGGAAUAUUGUACAUGACUUGGCGAAGGUUAAUGAAGGCGUUGUCUCCCCUGACGAGUCUGUAGGCGGUUUGUCCUCCUGA